AUGACCUUUUUGACGAAGGAGCGGCGGGUGCAGUUUUCGGAAGAACUCCCACAAGAAAUCCAUUCUGGUCAUUUCAUGGUUAGCAAUUUGAACGAUUCCGAAAGUGAAUCAGAGGAUGCAACUACAUUCGGACUCGAUGACACAGGCAAGGAUGUUGCAAUACACCCCGACAAUUCACUCUGCCGCGAAAAAAACCGUCUUGAUUUUGAGGAGUUGGAAUCUCUGUUCAAAUUUUUGGAUAUUGCGUACACUGGAAAGCUAACAAGCCCAAAGUGGAACCAAUUCCAUGGCAUGCGGUGCGCCGUCAAGUACAAGAUACGGUUGAACAAUGUCAUUUGGCGGGAAUACCAUAUGCAGUUUUUGAAGAACAUCAAGCCGUUUGUGGUGCAUUUCCAGCCACCUCCUCUUGAUAACCAUGUAAAAUCAGAAGUCACCAUUUUGGAGGGCCAAUACUGGAAGCGUAGGCCGGAAACAAUCUGUGCCGAAUACAACCGCUGGCGUAAAUUCACGAGGAACAAGAUCUUAGGAUUUACCAAACGCAGUAUCAGUGAUCAUGUGGAUGAACUAUUUCGCCCACCUUCGCAAUAUUCGUUUCCAAGGAGUUUGGCAGAUGACUUUCAGAGCCCCGCUCCUCCAGUUGAUGCUUUGGAUCCCACUUUCGGUUCCUUGAUAGACGAUAUCAUGAUGGACUUCGAUGAAAAUUUGGACUUAUUUUUCGGAAAACCGCUUGCUUUUCCUACUCCUAAAGACUUGGCGCUUCUUGGUAUAGGCGAUAUAAUGCAACCGGGUUUGUUACAAUUUCAACCGGAUAAUGCUACCACAAUGGAUGAUCCUAUGGCGCCCGCUUCGAUAAGCGGCCAAUUCAGGCGGCCUUCCACGGAACAGCGACCUGUUUAUUCCGAUAUCUUGUCGACAGGCCAGGUCAAAAGUGCUCAGUUGGGUGGGAUUGUAGAAAGUUCAGUUCAGCCGCUUCCACAGUUUGUCUUUCAGUCAGUUGCAGAACCAUUUGCAAUUGUCCCAUCUAUGCAGGUACGCGAAUAUGGUCAGCAUUCUCAGCAAAUCUCAAACAGUGAAUCAGAGUUUGAACGGUUGGCGUCAGUUAGUCCGUCCAUUCUGCCUACUACGUUCAGUGUUACUGAGGGGACAAAUAAGCCAAGUAACGAUCAAACUGUCCCCCGUGUUCGUCCAGUAUUAACUCAAGAUAGAAGACAUCGAGACCAUACUAACUCAAGGCCAUUUACAAAACACAGUCAUCAGCAAAAUGCCACAAUUACUUCUCGAACCCAUCCUUUCAAGCGUCAUCGAGGUACUGUAUCAGGGCGAAUCAAAGGCCACUCGUCAUCCGCGGUGCUUCAGUCUGAUAAAGCUUUGAAGAGUGCAUUUCGCAAUACAUGCUUUGAAGUUUCCACAACAGUGUCUGAACGUGGACAAACGACCUCGGGAACACCCGCUUUACUGAAUGCUUUGCUCCGUGGUACUAGGUCCAAUGACCCUGAACCCACGGUUCCGGCUAAAUCCCAGACAGCACCCGGUGCCCAGAAUUUUCCAAACCGCUCUGUACCCCUGCUUUCUUCAGUUCUGACGUCCUCAGCCUGUCGUCCUGGUCUACUGCGCACUCCUGCCGGUCAGUUCGCGGGGCAGACGCAAUGUGAACCAAUCGCGAAGUCACGUUACUGCUUUUCAGAACCUCAUCGAUUUCAAGGAACGCCAUCUCUGGUUACCGACUGUGUUCAAUCCGCGAUCGAACCAAGUGCACGUGCGGAUAGAUAUUCAGCUAACGGAUCUAACCUCAUGUCCAACGAAUCCUCGCCUUUGUCGAAACGGCCGACGCUCCCCGAUGCUGAUAACCAUUCUGGUUCUCUGCAUACCCCCUCUUUUACAACCGAAUGUCGUUCCGCUGCAACUCCUUCUACUAUGCUCACACCUCCAUCAGUCAUGAUCAGACCGAGCGGGCUUCUUUCUGAUCAAUCUUCUGUUGUGCCCGGACAGUUUGUAACUCCCGCUCAGGUGAACUGUAUUUCCAAUGUCUUGAAUGCUGCAGGAUUCUCCAACACUCCAGAUAUUAUUCAGUCAGCUCCGAUCCUUGCCAAGGAUGAAAAGCUACUCAAUACGGAGUACACGCCAAUGGUCAGUCGUCGGUUUAGUGACUUUGACGGCGUUCCUCAUUCAUCGGGGCAUACUUUGAGUAGUCUGACAUCCAAUACGUCAUCAAUGCCUUUUGCUCUGUCCAGUGGCCUUCCUCUAAACCCACCCUCUUCCGCAAAACCAGCUUUUCCUGUAUAUACUCCUUACAACAGAACAAGCAGGCAACGGACGAAUUCCGGCACCCAAACUUCAAAAGCCCAUCCUCUCGGUAACGUAUCCAUCGACGAGCUUCGGUGGCCGGACAACAAUCGUAUGCGUGCAGAAUGCGCUCCGGAAACCGUCGGGUUGCAGCGGACUUCGACUGCUUCGUCGAGAAGGCAUGAUUUCUUCCUUCCAUCUGGCUCUUUGGAUUCCUGUGGUGAUGAGGAUCUCAUGGCUACAGACUAAUCGCUUCCCACUGUCGAAACUUCCUUAUCAGCGCGAGGACGUUCCAGCUCCGCCGGGAACCUGUUUCCCUUACAACAUCCUGUGAUGUCCAAGCCAGACUUAGCCAACAAAAUAUCUAGUUUGGGCAGCACGGAAAUUCUCUCAUCUACGAUGUGUGGCCAACAACCACUGGUUUACACUUCCCCCUCUUGUUCUCCUCAACCACUGACAUUUCCGGAACCUGGCUCGUCUCCCAAGACUUCUCACAAUAACACCACCGAAGACCGUCGUCGUCAUUUAAUGCAAGUCAAGUUGGAGACUUUGAGGCAAUACAUAAAAUACUACGGAGGACACCGUCUGUCUUCCCGCAGAUCGGAAAACCGUGAACUCACGAGAACCCACAACUCUCCAUCACAGGCCUCCAAUUGUGCAAUGGCGGAUGCAGUGCUAAUGAUGCCAAAGUUGCAAGAUGACUCGACUGGUGAACUUCUUCCGCUUCUUAAACGCCCAUCCUGCAUAGUACCACAUGCUGAGGAUCCAAGUCGAACGUUGUCUUCAGAGCAGAACAAUCGGACUUCAUAUGCUGCAACGCUUUUUGAAGCGACCGCCUUGAUUCGCAUGUUGCGUGAGGCUAGCGACAAGCGAGAUGCACAGAUGAAAUCUCUAAUGAGUCAAAUUAACUCCAUACAGGCAGCUACCACAGCUUGCUGGGAGAAAGUGGACCCAAUGGGAGCCGUGCCAAGUCGACAACUCACAGAACCUUUUCUGACCGAUCCUGCGAAAGAAUUCUUUCGACGCUACACUGAGCAACGUACUAGUCAUUGUUGGAAAUUUUACGUGUUCAGCUUAUUCCUUUGGGAACUGUUUCAAUCCUAUUGGUCGUCCGUUAAUUCCACCUCCAUGGAUCAGUUUGUGAGAUCACUUUAUGGCUGGUUGGACCAGCACUGUUCCCGAGCGCAGUUACGACCAGCCAUCGUAGAAGCUUUGUGCAAGUUAGCCAUCACAACCAGCGUACUUCACAAUCCCAGCGAACUACCAGACGAGUCUCUCAAAGCUGUACAUCAAGUCACUACGGGGCCUGCAAUUGAUCGUCGUGUGCCUGGCUUCAGUCAAGGCGAAGUCGAAAUGACUACCAUAUGUGGCACUCAUAGUUAGUAUAUGCGUGUGUGUGUGUGUGUGACAUCAUCAACCCCCAACCACCCCUCACUUAUUUUCAUCGUUUUUCACUGUGAUGUCCUGAUUUUGCUUCCUCCGAAUCACUCUCAACUUUGGCCAGACAAACUCUCACCUAACCGACUUUUCGUCGAGCUUAAAGGACCAACGUAUCAGCUCUCUGAUGCUUUCAUGCAACCAGACCGUCAUUUAGUGUGAUGCACUCAUUAGUUCUGAUCAUCCUGCUAAUCCAAGUAGCUGAUUCAUUUGUCCAAGUUUGGUUUCCCCGUCUGUCCAUUUGUCCCGUAUUUUAGGUCAGUCAUCGGGCUACUAUCCAUUGCCUCACAGUGUUGCCAGAUCAUUUUGAUGGUUGUAUGUAUAUAUGGAUUUCGAGUAACUUUGUGAUGAAGAUGAAAUUUCCCCUUCCUUGUCAGAUUUGCUGUGUACAAAAGGAGAAAAAACAUGUCUUUCACUCAGUACCUUAUCUGAUCCUUUGCACUAUCUGCUGUUGUUGAUUUUAAUCUGAAUUUCAAAAGAGAGAGAGAGAGAUGAUUUCGUUCGAAAGAAAUCCUUUUUUCGCCUUUUUUGUUGGACGCAAGUGCAGGUGAUUACGGCGGUCCUUACGAAUUUCAGUAGUUGUUUUAGCUUCAACAGAAGUCGCUGCAUGAAUUUCCAUAGCCAGUCAUUUUGGAUAAUUUGCCCCAUACAUGUGUUUCAAGCUCACUGGAUCGCGUUUUCCUGACUCGAGUAUAGCCUAUGUGAUCCUAUGUGAUGUGGUUCAUGGUCCCCGGC